GACCGCUUUAAGGUCACUCGAAGGUCAUUAAUGAAGUGUGGUCAAGCAUCAUAAACUGUUUUGUUGCAUUGCUCGCUGUCAAUGUUAUAAAAAUGGGCGACACGGUCGGUCCCGCAGCCUAUGUCCUUUUUGAUGAACUAUACACCAAAGAAAAUGUUUUUCGCUCCUUAAUUACCAGCAACAAAACUCUAAAUAUUCGUUUACUGGGCAGAUUUUCUGCAUUCAAAGCUGAUAGCAAUCUGGUUGAACUAUUGUCCCCAUUUCAGGGUGGUGCUAUUCCUUGCGUUAUCGUCAAUGUAAAAUAUCUAACUGAAAACCAGAAACAAUGUUUUUUAAAUCAGACAGCUAAUGAACGCUUGAUACAAUUUAUUGGGGAGUUAAGUAUAUCAGAUGAUAGAAAACACUAUCACCUUACAGCGUUUUCAUUUACCUUUAUGGAUGGUGUGAGUCUGGAUUUAUAUAGAACUGUAACAAAGAUAACUAGAAGUUAUAUUGCCUACUUACCGUCUUUGUGAUUUAUUUUGAAGCUUUUUUGUGUAUAUACUGCAGUUAUUCCUGUUUUUCCUAUGUGGUAAUUCAAUGAUUUGUUGAAACAAUAAAUAGAUUGUGAGUAAAAAAUUCUG